AUGCGAGGCUUGGUCUGGGCCAGUCGUGGACAGAGUCAGCCAGCGCCACUCGAUUCAGCGACGCAGGCGACUUCGAAAGGCUCCGCAAAGCCCGAACGAGAGGCAGAAUCGCAAUUGGCCGAGCAAGGUCUGAGCGUAGAAUGGGCCAGAAUGAAGCGAGUAGAAGACUUUCCCUUUUUGUCUCGACUGAAGCCUCAAACUUGGCAGAGUCGCACAAACACGCAAGAAGCGACUCGAACCCGACUUCCAAGGCAAGAUGUUCCAACAGUUUCUGAAGGUGUUCAUUUGGUUUACAGCAAUUUUGUCGAUUUACACAAAAAUAUCGCCGGUCCGCUGUAG